CGCUUCCCGUGCCAGCCGAGGUUUUUACCAGUAUGCUGCGGGGCAAUUCGAUUGCGAUACUGUGAACAAGCUUCAAAACCAAGGCCUCAAUAUUCACAAGGAUGUAGUGUCAGGUGAUAAAUGUGAAGGGAGACUCGUUUUCAGUCAGGAAAGUAAGAAGCAGGUAUCCGGUGACAACAGCAAGAAGAGAUUCACCAAUUUUGGCAGCUCUCCGGAGAGCUUACUACAACAAAGCUUGUUAAUGAGGACAGGACACUCCCCUCCAAUAUACAAUACCAAGAACCUUGAGACGAAUGAGUUUAGGCCACUGAUAGAAUUUAACGGUGUGCAAUUUGUGGAUAAGCCUAAGAUAGACAAGCAGCUUGCAGAGAGAGAUGUCGCUAUAGAGUCCUCGACCUGGUUGGUGCACACCUCUUACGGCAACAACAAUGCAGACCAGGCAAAUACAGUCACAACCUUAUUGUUGAAUUGUACUAAUUUAUUAGAAUUGUAUCAAAUUCAUGCCCACGUUUUAAGAACCAACAUGUUGGAAAACCACCCUUCCUCAUUUUACUGGAACAACAUUAUUAGAUCAUAUACUAGGCUGGAGGCCCCAGGAAAAGCCCUCUUUGUAUAUAUCGCCAUGUUGCGAGCAGGCAUUUUGCCUGAUUAUUACACACUCCCGAUUGUAUUUAAGGCUCUAUCAUUAGUUUAUGCUUUUGGUUUAGGAUUACAAUUGCAUUCAGUAGCACUACGGCUCGGUCUUGACUUCGACCAAUAUAGCGAAAGCGGCCUCAUCAAUCUGUAUUCCAAGGUAGGAGAUUUUGAGUGUGCACGUAUGGUGUUUGAGCAAAACCAUCACAGAAAGUUGGGUUCUUGGAAUGCCAUUAUAGCCGGUUUAUCUCAAGGUGGGCGUGCUAAAGAGGCAGUCGAUAUGUUCAUUAGGUUAAGACAAAGUGGGCUUGAACCAGAUGAUGUUACAAUUGUUAGUGUAACAUCAGCUUGUGGCAGUAUAGGGGACCUAGAAUUGUCUCUGCAAAUGCACAAAUUUGUGUUCCAAGUUAAAGUCAUCGGAAAAUCAGACAUUUUGAUGUCAAAUUCCCUCAUAGACAUGUAUGGAAAAUGUGGUAGGAUGGACUUAGCAUUUAAAGUAUUUUCAAACAUGGAUCAUAGAAAUGUAUCAUCCUGGACAUCGCUGAUUGUAGGUUAUGCAAUGCACGGGCAGGUGAAACAAGCCCUCGAGAACUUCCGGUGCAUGAGAGAAGCAGGAGCCCCUCCUAAUCACGUUACGUUUAUCGGGGUACUGAGUGCAUGUGUACAUGGUGGGAUGAUCAAAGAGGGAAAACACUACUUUGACAUGAUGAAAAGUGUGUACGCAAUCAAGCCACAGCUGCCACAUUAUGGAUGCAUGGUCGAUUUACUCGGUAAAGCGGGGUUGCUCGAAGAGGCCAGAAACAUAGUUGAAGAGAUGCCAAUGAAGGCGAAUUCGGUAAUAUGGGGGUGCUUGAUUGGGGCCUGUGAGAAACAUGGGAAUGUGCAGAUGGGGGAGUGGGCAGCAGAACAUUUACAAGAAUUGGAGCCUUGGAAUGAUGGUGUUUAUGUGGUUCUGUCCAAUAUUUAUGCCAGCAAUGGCCUGUGGAAAGAGGUGCAGAAGGUGAGGCAGGUUAUGAAACAGAGGCAACUUGCUAAAGUUCCUGGAUAUAGCUUGCCAACAAGAUUAGAUUGAAGUCUUCUGUUUGUUGUAACUUUUCACUGUUCUUCAAAAUGAUUCUUUCAGAAUUCUAAUUUACAGGUUUUUCAUCUCAUCUCUUCACAAUCUUGCUGUAGAUUACUGCCUUUAUUUGAUUGAGUCUGCAGGAAGACUGGUGCAGCAGUAGUAAUCAUCACUGGCUGGCUAACUCUUUUAUUAGUUGAAGUUUUAUAAGCUCAUAGAGAAGAACUCAUUUCUUACUCCUUAAAAUGAAAAUGGAGAGUUACAUAAUAUGUUAAAUUAUUGGUUCU